AAGCUGGAUUUCCAAUAGAAAAAAUAAUACACGGAUCGUGUCGAUGAGCAUGCGCAAUGAAUAUAUUUUGUAAAAAGUGCGUAUCGGAAAACGAUACGACGUACCGAAGAAAAAGUUAAAAUCAUUUUAACUUUUGACGGAGAUACGAUGUACCAAACAAUAAGAAAAAUAUUUUAAACCAAUCAAAACCGUUAAAUACUUUUUUGCUUGCUCAGCAAUUUUUGUUUUGGAGAUUGUAAACAAAAUGGCGUCGAAUCUUCCAUACAACCUUCUCGCUUGUGAUACAAGUUGUAUUGAUGAAAACACACAAGAUCAACAUCAAAGUUAUGAAGAUAACUUCCCUGCUGAAAGAGAUACUACUGGUGAUGUUUCAGAAAUGAUUAUAGAAGGGGUCAGGAAAUCUUGCAUUUGGGAUGUUUCAUCGCAUUCUCAUAAAGACAAAUUUAAGAAAAUAGAAGCAUGGAAAAGAGUUUUUUCUGCUUUAAAAUUACCAGAAAGUGAAUGCCAGAAAACAUUUGAGAAGUUACGUGACAACUAUCGUAAAACAGAAAGGAAAACAAGGUCAGGAUCCGGAGUGAAAAAACUGCCUGUUUGUGAAUAUUUCAAGGAGUUGUCAUUUUUGCGUGAUAUUUUAACAACAAAACCGAAAGAGACUAAUCUACCAGACGCCAGCUCUGAUAAUCAGUCGUUAAAUGGAGAUAUUUCAUUCAAUACACUUUAUGACGUACCAUCCCCAGCAGACUCGCAAUCUGUUUCAAACAAACAAGACCAAAAGAAGACAAAAAAGCAGAAGACAUCUGAUAUUGAUGAAAUUUUGAUAAACACUUCAGCACGAUCAGAAAGAAAACAAUGAUUCUGAUGUAGUUUUCUGUAAAAGCUUAAUUGGACAAAUGAAGUCACUGACUAAGAAACAGAAUAAAGAGGCAAGAAUUAAAAUCAUGCAAGUUUUCUUGUAAAAUAAUAUUGUUUUGUUUGAUUUUUACAAAGAUCAUUAACAACAUCAAAAAAAAAAAGAUUUUAAAAAUGUUUAACGUACAUAUAUAUAAUAAAAUUGUUAAAAAGACAAUGUGUGUUUAUACAGAAGUGCUCUGAUAAAACGACCAUUUUUUUUAAUUUUUUUUGGAAAAACCAUUCUCAGCAACAUGAAUUAUAAUUAAACACAAGCCUUCUUAGUUUAGUUUUUCGAGAGUUCUUUGCUUUGUACACACAUUCCUUUUAAUCUGUAUAAUGUUUCUAAUGUUCUUGAUAUUAUAUCCCAUUGUCAAUUAACUUGUUCUUCUGGCGAAAUAAAAUAAUCGCGGAACUGUUCACGAAUCUUUUUAGCAUUCUUUGAAUAAUUGUUUCAUCCUGCUCUCUGUAUAGGUUGCAAUGCAUCGGUUUGACCAAUAGCUUGCCUCCAGUCUCCAGGUCUAUUUUGUGUAUCAGCAUAACCAGGUGGACAGUAAUUACUUGACUGGAAGCAUCUCUCUGCCAUCAAAUAUUGAUGCAAAGCUACUACAGUCUUAGUGAUAUUUACAGCAACGUGAACCCUGGCAUUUAUAGGGCGUCUGAAAAUUCUAAAUCUAGAAGCACAAAUACCAAAUGUAUUUUCUAUAGUUCUUCUUGCUCGAGAUAACCUGCAAUUAUAAAUUCUUUCCUUUUGCCCUAAAAAUUCUUUUGGAAAUGGCUUCAUCAAAUUUUCCCUUAAUGGAAAUGCUUCAUCACCGACCAAAACAUAAGGAAGAGAAACA